GGGUCAGUAAGUUCGGGAAAAAAAAUAGAAACAUGUUCACGAGUCGUGCGUAUAAAUUGUUUCAUAUCCAAGUUGUAGUGGAACGGUACUAUCUAUAAAGACGUUAAAAGGUUCCCUCAUCACGCAUUUCUGGCGACACAGUCCACAGCAGUCAAGAUGAGGAUGCUGCUUCUUGUUGUGUUGGUCCUUGCAUUAUCGCAAACCAUAUUGUCUAUUCAGCCCGCCACAGUGGAUCUGUACAAUGGACACGGCCUCAAAUUCACAAUCCCAGAUGAUGGGUAUGACUUUGUUGCUGUCCACUAUUCAAUAAACCAACCCAUUGUUGGAGUAGGGGCUGGACAAUGGGGGUACGACGUCCACACCAAGGAAGGAUCCUCGUUCGUCCACAUCAAUGACUUGCCUAAUCUACAUGUUCAUAAAGGAGACACCGUAUACUACUGGUUACACGGACAGAAGGCGGGGCAGCCUGAUGAACUUCUGGGACUCUCAGCAGUUAUUGGAGAUAUGACAACGACUACGAGCAGACCAACAACCACUACAGUUAGACCGGUGGUGACUUCUACCACAACUGCUGCUCCCCCUAGCGGAGGUAACAAUCACAAUACCGGUCACUCGGGGGGCGGAGGAAUAUUAACACAAACCAUGAUCGAAACCCACGGUGGGUCAUCUGGGGGAUUGAGUAAUGGUGGAAGUUUUGGAGGGUCAUCCGGAGGAGUCCAGCAAGUUUACUCCGGUACAGGAUACGCACAACCUGGAGUGUCCCAGCAGGCAUGCACCUCAUAUCCCUGUCUCAUGUUUGAGGAUAACUUUGAUUUCUUGAACUUUGAAACCUGGACACACGAACUCACCGCAAGUGGAGGUGGGAAUUGGGAGUUCGAAUACUACACGAAUAACCGAUCCAACAGUUACACAAAGGACGGAAAACUAUUCAUCAAACCGACCCUAACAGCCGACCAUUUUGGGGAACACUAUCUGUCAUCUGGCGUACUAGAUCUAUGGGGGUCGGAACCCCACUCCCAGUGCACCAGUAACCAGUUCUUCGGAUGUCAACGUCAGGGCACACCAGAACACAUCAUCAACCCCAUACAGUCCGCAAGACUAAGGAGUGACAAGGCCUUCAAUUUCAAAUACGGCAAAAUGGAGGUCAGAGCCAAGAUGCCAAAGGGAGACUGGAUUUGGCCUGCAAUUUGGCUACUGCCACACAGGAAUGCCUAUGGUGAAUGGCCCGCUUCCGGAGAAAUUGAUAUUGUGGAAUCUAGAGGAAAUACGAAUUACCACGACGAGAAGGGCAACAGCCAGGGUGUGGACAGCUUUGGCAGUACUCUUCAUUUUGGCCCAGCUUACGGAUUUGAUCCGUUUGAAAAAGCCCACGGGGAAAUGACACUUUCUAGUGGAACACUGAAUGAUGAUUUCCAUACAUGGACGUUAGAAUGGGACGAAAACCACAUCAAGGUUUCAUUUGAUGGAACUGAGGUAAUGAACGCAUCUCCUCCUCCGGAAGGAUUUUGGAAGCUUGGAGAGCUGGACAAAUCCCAUAUCGACAAUCCAUACAGAUAUGCCAACAACAAAAUGGCUCCGUUUGAUCAAGAGUUUUUCAUUAUCAUGAACGUUGCGGUUGGUGGUGUUGGAUUCUUUCCCGACAAGAACAGAAACUCUCCCUAUCCCAAACCUUGGACAGACAAGUCCGAAUUCACCGCGCGAGAUUUCUGGAAUCAUAAAAGUCAGUGGUACCCGACGUGGAACCCGGAUCAGAAUGACGGCGAACAAGCGGCCAUGCAAGUGGACUACAUCAGAGUGUGGAAAAUGAAGCCAUAAAAAUGGAGAGAGCACAGUGGCACGGCUGAUACAAACAGUCCGUAUGCUGCUCAAUCUUAUCAUAUAAUACUUAUACACAAUAAAAUACUGUUUGAAAUUGUU